AUGAUGAGUAAUCAAUUUAGUGCAUUUGUCAAUAACGCCGCAUCAUCGUCGUGCAAGAAUGCCUUCGGAAUGCUAAAGAAGAAACAAUUUUGUUGUAGUUUUUCUCUAGCUCAAUCAAACGGUAGAUGGAUGAAUCAGAGUAGUAAAUUAUUUAAUAAUUGGCCGUCAUCAUUUUGGAUGCAAAAAUCAUCAUCGGAAUCUCUCGUGAGAUGUUUCUCUACCAUCAUGAACGUACAUAGAAAUUCCUCUCGAGAAAAAACAACAUACUAUGAUACCAAUCUUUUACCUGAAUGGUUCAAAACAUCUCUCUAUAAUAAUGAAGCGGCUAAAAAGGCCCUCUCCGAGUUUGAUGUUGAGUUUUAUGACAAGCCUUUCAUCAAAACUUUUCCAGAUGUGGACAAAAAUCCACAUGAAACGCCAGGGCUUGAUAAAACCAUGUUUCAUUUGCGCCCCGAGUCUCUUUCAGACGCUGAUUUGAGUAAAUUAUGCUUUGUGCAGAGAGGAAAGACAAAAGAUUAUAUUUGUGUGGGAGAGGCUUACUAUUUCCCAUUAUUUAGAGAUUUACCUGUCCAUUAUACUCCAUCAUGUCCAAGUUUAUUAUAUAUUGAGAUACCAGAUAGCAGUGGAAAGGAACAAACACCUAAAAUUCUUUAUCAAAUUGCACCUUUUGUCCCACCAAUGUUUUGGAUUCCUUUAAAGCCCUCCAGUGAGUCAUUGGCAAGACUUUUCGAUGAAAUUAUGGAUAUUGAGACAAAUAACGUAACUAGACACAUUCAAUUCCAUGAAAACUUGCUUUCGCAUAUUGGAUUUAAACUCGAAAAAUUGAAAGAGUUGGAAAAUGAUCCAAAAUCAGCUGAAAAGGUGUACAAUGAAUUGCACAUCAAAUUUUUAGAUUAUAUCAACAAAACAUUGGAUCCAAACAAGUUAGAAUUUAAGGAACGAGUUCUUCAAGAAUAUCCCAACCAAGUAUACUUAUUCUUGGGAAAUGUUCCCAAACUUGAAUUGUUAGAGCAAAGCUUUAUGAACAAUCCUUUUGUUUUUAACACACCUGUUUUGUUGGGUAGCUCCAAUCGAUUUGUAUCCAGUGAGAGCGUCCAAACUAGCAUGUUUUACACUGUAUUUUCGCGCUCGCUCAUUAUAUUAGAGGCCAGAUUUGAUUUGCAUGUUGACUUUUCCUCAAAUUCAUCCGAUGUAAUGGUACCAAUUUUUGCUCGUGUCAUGUAUCCCAGCAAUCAAAGGCUAUCAAAACCAUGUCCAGAACGAAUGAACAAGGUGUUAGGUUCAAACUUCCCAGCUGAUAUGCCCAUUGAUGUUUGUUUGGCUUUAUUCGGACAAAAGAAUAGCAAUGCCGAGACAAUUGCCAGUGAGCUUUUGGAACAAGUGAAAUCAGACGAAGAAAUGGUCAAAGCAGGUAUGAUGGAAAACAUCCCUGAAAAUAUGUUCAACCCCUCCAUUCCAAUUGCUCACCUUGCAAUUCUACGUUAUGGCAAGUGGAAAACUGAAAUAUUUGACAGAUUUAAAAGACAUUCAAUUCCAAGUGUUAGAAUUGCAUGCGUAAAGGGAUGUUUGGAAUUGAACAUGUUAGAGGAGCUCAAAGCAUUUAGAAGUUCAGAGACCCACCAUGAAGUUCUUCAAUACGUAGAUGAAUCAAUAACUCGUCUAGAAAAGAAAAUAGAAUUGAUGAAGAUGAAGGAAAAGGAUGAAGCCGACGAACUUGAAAAAAGGAACAAGAAGUUGGAAGAAGAAAACCAGCAACAAGAACAAUAA